GUGGCUAGUUGUCUUGAUGCAUGGUUUCAAUAAGGGUUAAGCUAAUGAGUGCAGAGAGUCUCUCUCUCUCUCUCUCGCUCCCUCUCUCCCUCUCUCUCUCCCUCUCUCUCUCUCUCUGGCCCCUCCGGUUAAUUGCAACAAAAGUUCUCAAAUAGCUCAAACACUGGAGCCCUGGAGCCAUCAAUAAACCACCGCGGCAAGACAAGUAUGAUUGACCACGCACAUUUCUUUCAAAAUCACUUUGACGUCCGUCCCUAAGAAAGUUUGCUGGCCAAUCAGAAAGCAGACAUGGGGAGUCAUGUGGGCAAAAUCAAGCGCCGAUUGGAGGGCGGCAAAGAAGAAAGCGAACUUUUUGGAGUUUUAUAGCUGGGAGAGCUUUGGGCUAUACAAGAGAGAAGGAAGCGUCGUAGAGACGCGGCGAAUGACAGACAGGAAAAGAAGCGAGGACGAGUUAAAUUGAGAGGGCCUGGCAGUUUGGAAGUUGUAUGGCCCCUUUACCCGCCACGAUGAGCUCUGUUCAAGGAACUAUUUCCCAAGAAGGUGAAGCACAGAAGCGCGCAAACACGGACGCAGAAGAGGCUGAGAGCACCGAGAGAGCGGCGGCCAAGGGAUGUAAAAACAAGGCGUUCAGUCUUCCCUUUAGUGUGGAGUCUCUAAUAUCGGACAGAGUUACUUCCAGGACUUCAUAUUCCGCAUCCGACUCAGGGCUUAUAUCCCCUUCUGAGGAACGAUCACAACUCUCACCAAUGGGUCUUUACACAGACAGGAAACUGCCGCUGGAGAGCGUCUCAAACUUAGCUGUGGGGAAAAGAGGAGACUCGGAGGAGCUAAAUGAGAAGGGACAGGGCGGAUGGUUUCAGACACCGUCAUACGCCUCUCCUCCAAGACACCCGAGUCCGUCUCCAUGCGCGCUCCGAAAACACAAGAACAACAGAAAACCCAGGACCCCGUUCACCACCUCGCAGCUGCUAGCUUUAGAGAGAAAGUUCCGCCAGAAGCAGUACCUCUCCAUUGCAGAAAGAGCGGAGUUUUCCAAUUCCCUCAAUCUUACAGAGACCCAAGUGAAGAUUUGGUUCCAAAACAGGAGAGCGAAAGCAAAGAGACUUCAAGAAGCCGAGUUAGAGAAACUGAAACUCGCCUCGAAGCCUCUGUUACCGGCGUUCGCCUUCCCCUUCCCGCUGGGAGCGCACGUGACUUCUCCCGGUCUGUACGCAGCCUCGAGCUCUUUCCCGCGGCCUUCACUGCCCGUGCCGGGACUUUUCGGAGGACCUGUUACCUAUGGGAUGUAUUAUUUGUCUUAAAUGUGUUCCGUGUAAUUACCUGCAAGACUGUUGUUUUUUUGCCGGUCAUAAGCGGACAAGUUCAAAUGUCCGACUUUGAAAGUAAAAACAAACUGGCGCGAGCCUUUACACACAUUUAAG